AUGAGUUUCAACAAAGUGCCCAACGUCCCUGGAUCUCCUGCACUAUCUGCUCUUCUUAAGGUCAGCGUAAUUGGUGGACUCGGAGUCUAUGCCAUUACUAAUAGCCUCUACAAUGUCGAGGGAGGACAUCGUGCUGUCAUGUUCAACCGGUUAACUGGUAUCAAGGAAAAGGUCUAUCCGGAAGGAACACAUUUCAUGUUGCCGUGGUUUGAAAGGCCAAUAAUCUAUGACGUCCGUGCACGACCUUACCUAGUGGAGAGCACCACCGGUAGUCAUGACCUCCAGAUGGUGAAAAUUGGACUUAGGGUUCUCACACGUCCCAUGGGUGACCGUCUGCCUCAGAUUUACCGAACCCUAGGCGAGAACUACAGUGAAAGGGUUCUUCCUUCCAUCAUCCACGAGACCCUAAAAGCAGUGGUGGCUCAGUACAAUGCAAGUCAACUCAUCACCCAGAGAGAAGCUGUGAGCAGAGAGAUACGCAAGAUUCUUACUGAGAGAGCUUCUAACUUCGACAUUGCUCUUGAUGACGUCUCCAUCACAACUCUCACAUUUGGCAAAGAGUUCACCGCAGCAAUCGAGGCUAAACAAGUAGCAGCUCAGGAAGCUGAACGGGCCAAGUUCAUUGUGGAGAAAGCUGAGCAAGACAAGAGAAGCGCUGUCAUCCGUGCACAGGGAGAAGCUAAAAGUGCUCAACUUAUCGGACAAGCUAUUGCAAACAAUCAGGCAUUCAUUACUCUGAGGAAGAUUGAAGCUGCGAGAGAGAUCGCUCAGACCAUUGCACAAUCUGCUAACAAGGUUUACCUCAGCUCCAACGAUCUGUUGCUUAACCUCCAAGAAAUGAACUUGGAGCCUAAGAAGUAA